CACCCAACAACUCAGAGUAACGGGAUCAAGAACUACAACUUCCGACUCGCAUACCCGAGGUGGCGGCGCUGCUCAAACCGCGUCAGAGAGGAGGGGCCAGACCACGCCCUCCCGGCCAGUUCCGCUCCCCUGGAGAAGCGGCGAGCGGGAGGGCGGAGUCGGAGGCCUGAACCAAGAUGGCGGCGACGAAGCCAGUCCCCACGGACUCGCUCUCAUUUUGCCUCGCGCAGCUCACGGCGGCGGCCGGGGAGUGUCUGGUUGGGGCAAAGGACACGACUACCAACGAGACACCCUUGGGCCGUGCGCUCCUAGCCCUCCGCAAGCGCCACGUCAAGGCAACGGGGGGAAUAGAACGCUUCCGGGCACGCGGCGGACUCCGCCCACUUCUCGCGCUGCUACGGCGAGCGGCCGCGGCGGGCCCCGCCCCGUUCCAGGCGGGCUCCGGCUCCGCCCCCUCGGUUGAAUUAGAGGCUGCUGGUGGCCCCGCCCCUUCGUCGGGCCCCGCCCCUCCCGCGGCAGCUUCGUCGUCUCCAUCGCGCCUGCGCAAGACGCUGGACUCGGCGCUCAGCAUCCUAGCCAACUGCUGUACCGAAGGGGCGUGCAGGGCUGAAGUGCGCAGGCUCGGGGGUAUUCUCUCUCUGGUGACUGUCCUUCAGUGUGUGAAGACAGAUAGCAUCCAGAAUAGAACCGCCCGGGCUCUGGGAAACUUAGCCAAGGAUUCCGAGAGCUGUGGGGACAUCCACUCUGCAGGUGCUGUUCCCCUGCUCGUUGAAAGCCUGACAGCCUGCCAGGACCCCGAUUGCCUGCAGAGCGUGGUUCGCGCUCUCCGGAACUUGGCAGACUCCCCCCAGCACCGCCUGGCACUGGCGCAGCAGGGAGCCGUGCGCCCACUCGCUGAACUGCUGGCCGCUGCCCCCAACCCUGCCCUCACCUUGGCCCUAGUCCAGGCCCUCCUGGAACUGAGUCGAGGCUGCUCCCGGGCCUGUGCGGAACAGCUCAGCCUGGGUGGGGGGCUGGGCCCACUGGUCAGUCUAGCCUCCCACCCGAAAAGGGUCGUCCGCGAGACAGCCAUCCUGGUCCUCGCCAAUCUCUGCUCCCAGGGCCUGGUUCGGCCCGCCCUGGGCAAUGCCGGCGGUGUGGAGGUGCUCCUAGGUGAACUUCGCCGACGCCGGGGCCCCAACGGGACGACGCCGGCCUCUCAGCAGCCGCUGGUGCGGGCCGUGUGCCUGCUGUGCCGAGAGGCCAUUAACCGGGCCCGACUCCGGGAUGCCGGGGGCUUAGAGCUGCUCAUGGGCCUGCUGCGGGAUGCUCGGGCCAGCUCCUGGCACCCUCGCGUGGUAGCUGCCCUCGUGGGCUUCCUCUAUGAUCCCACAGCCCUGGGUCGGCUCCAGGCCCUGGGACUUGUCCCGCUUCUGGCUGGGCAGCUGUGUGGUAAGCCUGGCGAUGAGGAGGAAGAGGGAAGAGAAGCGGCUUCCUGGGAUUUUCCUGAGGAGCGGACCCCCGAGCGGGCGGAGGCUGGAAGCUUCAGAAGCCUCAGGUCAUGGCUGAUCUCCGAGGGCUAUGCCGUCGGCCCAGGAGACAUUUCUCCCGACUGGUCCCCUGAGCACUGCCCACCGCCCGAGCCGGCGGAGCCAACCAGCCCUAUGCCUGGCCCAGCCCCGCUGAGGAUGCCUCGGACACUGCGCACGCCGGACCACAGCCCUGCCACCUUCGAGGAGCCUUGGGGACAUGAAGGGCCAGCGCUUUUGUUACUGUCACGCUUCUCCCAGGUUCCUGACCCCAGCGGGGCCUUGGUGACAGGCCCAGCCUUGUGUGGCCUGUUGGCCUAUGUGACGGGCGCACCAGGCCCGCCCAGCCCGCGUGCUUUGCGCAUCCUGACUCGCCUCACCUGCAACCCCGUCUGCCUCGAGGCCUUCGUGCGUAGCUACGGGGCAGCGCUGCUGCGGGCCUGGCUGGUGCUGGGCAUCGCCCCGGAUGACUGGCCAGCAUCACAGGCCCGGCCCAUGCAUCGUAGCCAGCACCGGGAGCUGGGUGAGAUGCUGCUCCAGAACCUGACCGUGCAGGCCGAGUCCCCCUACGGAACAGGCGCCCUCACGCACCUGCUGCUCUCCGGAAGCGCCGAGGACCGAGUGGCCUGUGCGCUCACCCUGCCCUUCAUCUGUCGGAAGCCCUCUCUUUGGCGACGGCUACUUUUGGACCAAGGCGGCCUCCGUGUCCUCCUGGCGGCCCUGACUCGACCAGCGCCACACCCGCUCUUCUUCGUUUUUGUUGCAGAUUCCCUUUCCUGCCUUCAGGGCCUUUUGGCUCCCACUGUGAGCCCAGCCAUCCCCCCUGCCGUCCCCAUGGAUCAAGACCCCCCCUCCCCUUGUCUCUAUGAACCUCUGCUGGGCCCAGCCCCCAGCCCUGCCCCCGACCUGCACUUCCUGCUGGACUCUGGCCUGCGGCUCCCUGCUCAGCGAGCUGCCGCGGCCACGGCCUCCCCUUUCUUCCGGGCCCUGCUGGCCGGAAGCUUUGCGGAAGCCCAGAUGGACCUGGUGCCCCUUCGCGGCCUGUCACCAAGUGCAGCCUGGCCCAUCCUGCACCACUUGCACGGCUGCCGGGGCUGCGGGGUUGCCCUGGGUCCCAUUCCCCCUCUGGGCCAGCCCCUGCUGGGCUCAGAAGCCGAGGAGGCACUUGAGGCCGCUGGGCGUUUCCUGCUACCUGGGCUGGAGGAGGAGCUAGAAGAGGCUGUGAGCCACAUCCACCUGGGACCCCAGGGGAGCCCAGAGUCUGUGGGUGAGGUAUUUCGCCUGGGCCGCCCCCGGCUGACUGCCCACUGUGCCCGUUGGGCCCUGGAGUCUGGGCAUUGCCUGCGCAAGCGGGCCCUAGCCCUUGUGGGGCUUGUGGAGGCUGCAGGCAAGGAGUCAGAACCCCUGACAGAGACUUUCCUGGCUGUAAUAACGGGGGUUGAAUUGAACGGCAAGGGGCCCGGCCUAGACUGUUGAUGUCCCCCGGGAGGGGACCCAAGGAUGAAUUGGCUCUGAAGGAAGCAUGGAAUGGCAUGAGGAGUCUGAGCAGGAUGAGUGGCCAUCAUGGACCAAGGAGGAGCAGCUGGCCCCCAGGACAGUGGUCAGAAAACCGAGGAGUGAGAAGCCACGAUCAGCGUUUGAGCACGGGGCCCACGAGGUGGCGUUCUGCCCCGCACCCAUGUGUCUGGCACAGCAUGGUCUGGCCUUCUGGAAUUGGCAUUAAAAUUUUGGAAUUGGAUACCCCA